CACAUCAUGACUGUGUCCAAAUUGCUCGAUGCGCAGUGCAAUCACUGCAAAACUGCGGCCGGAAAUCUGUCGACAUGCGCCGGCUGCAAGGUCGUGAAAUACUGCUGCAAGGAACAUCAAGCGGCAGACUGGCCGACCCAUAAGGCACAAUGUACACCUGUGAAAAAGGCUCGUGCACAUUUUGAGAAAGAAGAGACGGAACUUCGCAACUUCCCCGGAGAUUUCAUAUGCCCAGCGAACCCAUUGGAAGAACCCGAGCCUCACUUCUGGGGCUGGCUCGAGACGCGUCCGUACAUGCGUGCUCGUUACGGCUUGCUAGAUGCUCUUCGCAAGAUCAAGACCCGAGACGCGGUGCAAGCUGCCCAUGACCAUGUCAAAGAGUGCCUCCGACUCUGCCGUAGCGAUAAUAUGGGUGUCCGAGUUAUGGCUCCCGCGCUCAUGCUACGUCUGGGGCGCGAUCAAGAGGCUUACGACUUCUGGAGAAGAUCCUGA